UACGUGUAAAGACCACAAACGUGACAUUGGCGGAAUUGUGUAAAUGCAAAUAGGCCAUGAAUUAAAAAAGAAGAAGAAGAAGUGAUUUGCUUUGCUUUUUCUUGAUUUUAUUCAAUUCUGUACAGUAACAUAUUCAAGAAACAGAGUAUUUGUGAUUUUAAGUGUGAAGUGUGAAACUUUGAAUCAAACUCCUUUACGAUCGCGUAAUGAACUAAUUGAUGUUACCUAUGGAAAACAUUAGUCAUGAAACACAUAACAGUAUUUAUUAUUUUAUUCUUUUCUCCGUCUUUGAAUAAGGCUUUAAGUUUAGAGAAAUCAGAUAUUCAUUCAAUAUCAAAGGGGAAUACGACGGAACAGAACACACGAACAUGGAACAUAAAACUUGACAUUUAUUUUUCUAAAUCUCUUCCUCCAAUUAUCAAGAAAACACUAGGCACGGACGUACGAUUAAAAUGCGAGGCAACAAUGAAUUUUACUAAGGUUGAGAAAUAUACGAAAAAUAAAGGUGUUGAAACCUUAUCAAAAGAAUCUCCUCCAGAUCAUAUACAACAAAGACUCAUGAAAAAUGUUAAAGUUUAUUGGUUAAAAAACAGCCAAAUUGUAUCAGAUAAUAAUAAAAUAAAGACUUCUACGAAAAUCGAUAUGACUAAUGGUACUAUAGGUUCUAAUCUUAAAAUAAAAGAUCUUGAUAGUUCUGAUAACGGCAAUUACACUUGUGUUAUAAAACAGAAUUAUGAAAAGUAUCAGACAACAUUAUUAAAAGUUUUUAACGAUGAUGAUACUACAGAUAUUAAGCCAACAGAAAAAACAUUUGUUAAUAAUAAAGAGUUGGAAAUAACUAUUAAGACUACACCAGAAUUGAUAUCAGAAGAUAUGAAAUCUCAAGGUGAAUAUAUUACAUCUCAAAAUUCUACAUCUGUACAGAAAUUAGAACCAAUAUGUCAAGAAUAUAAUGGUAAAGUGUGUGCUGCACAUCUCAAAGCCCAAUUUGUUUAUAUACCAUAUGACACAUCACAAACAGCUAUUGAAAAUAAGUUGAUGACAGCUAUCAGAGUCACCCAGUACUCUAAUGACAUUAGCUCACAAUGUGAAGGUUAUGCAUUGCCUAGUCUGUGUUACUCGACAUUCCCUAUAUGUAGAGACCCAAUAAAGACAAAUAAAAUCUUUUUUGAAGAAGCUAAACGUCUUCUACGUGUUUUUAAUUUAACAACCCAAGCUUCUGAUGCAGACCAUGUUACCUCUGAAAUGAUAUAUGAUAAUGUGCUUCCUGGUUUCAUACCAAAUUUGUUUAGUAAGUUUAAAAAUAAUGAGACUUUAGAAAUUUUAAACUAUAGAUAUAACUCUACAAUUUUAAGGCGAGUAUGUAAACAAGACUGUGAAAUAUUAGAAAAUGAACUAUGUCAGACUGAGUAUGCAAUUGCCAAAAGACACCCACAUAUAGGAAGGCAACUGACAUUGGAGGAAUGUCAAGAUUUACCAGAAGAUGAUCCUAGUUGUUUGAAAAUUGGAAUUGGGCCUGUAAUGGUAUCUGAUGACGAGUGCUAUUGGGAAAAUGGUAGUGGUUAUUUAGGCAGAGUUAAUGUUGCAAACAAUGGAAUGGCCUGCAUAGAAUGGUCUAAACAGAUGCAUGUUAAAAUAUCGGACUACCCAGAACUAACAGGGCGUCAUAGUUACUGCAGGAAUCCAGGAGGCAUAAAAUCCCAGCCCUGGUGUAUAGUUGAGAAAGAUGGUAAAACUGAGAAACAACUUUGUGACAUUCAUAAAUGUGCUCAUAAAAUUUGGAUUUACAUAGUUAUAAUUUUUCUUUUGUUGACUAUAUCCAUAGUUGGGUUUGUGAUUUGCCUUUGCUAUAGACAUAAGACAAAAGGAAGUGCAGCUACAAUCAGAGAUAUAAAUUUGCCUAAUGCUGAUAAAAAUAUAUAUGGAAACUCUCGUUUGAAUUCUCCUAUAGAAAUGAAUGAUUUGUUAACUAAUCAAAACAUUAACAAUCAACCACAUUUGACAAGAAACACGAGAGGUAAUGGUCUCCUUAGGAUACCACAGUAUUCCCUUUCUCAAAUAAAAUUUUUGGAAGAACUGGGAGAAGGAGCAUUUGGUAAAGUUUAUAAAGGAGCUCUCAAAAAGAAUGGUGAAACACAAUAUGUUGCUGUCAAAGCAUUGAAAGAGAAUGCCUCUGCUAAAACGCAAGCUGAUUUUAGAAGAGAAAUUGAUUUAAUUUCAGAACUUACACAUGAGAAUAUUGUGUGUAUAGUUGGAGUAGCACUUCGUGAAGAGCCAUUGUGCAUGCUCUUUGAGUUCAUGGCCCGAGGUGAUCUGCAUGAAUUUUUGAUGGGUAGAGCACCCCCAUCAGGAAAGGGUUUGCCUCCUAUGAGAUUACUCAAUAUUGCCAACAAUAUUGCAUCAGGAAUGCAAUAUCUUGCCUCACAUCACUAUGUGCAUAGGGACUUAGCUGCCAGAAACUGUCUAGUAUCAGAUGACUUCGUUGUUAAAAUAUCAGAUUUUGGACUUUCUAGAGAUAUUUAUAGUUCUGAUUACUACAGAGUUCAAUCAAAAAGUUUGUUGCCAGUGCGCUGGAUGCCACCUGAAUCUAUUUUGUAUGGAAAAUUUACAACAGAAUCUGAUAUUUGGUCAUAUGGAGUGGUUCUAUGGGAAAUAUACAGUUACGGACUACAGCCGUAUUACGGAUACAGCAAUCAGGAAGUGAUAGCGAUGGUGCGAGGUGGGGAACUUCUGACUAUGCCUGCCGCGUGCCCGGCGCCAAUGUACGCGCUUAUGCGAGAUUGCUGGAAACACACUCCUCAGAGGAGACCCAACUUUGAGGAAAUUGUCAAUAGAAUCCAAGAAUGGAUUCACAUGGGCGGUUGUCCUGAUUCCGUUAUAUCAGAACCCGGCAGUAGCAGUGCUUGUACCCACAGGGCAACGGGUUCAACUAGAGAUCUACAGGAGAAAGUUCCACUGUUGCCUCCACAUUGUUCUUCCUCGAAUGGUUCUCUCGCAACAGGUAGCCUUAAAAAGUUUAACACAGUAGGCUCUAGCUCGAGGGCCACAGAUGACAAUCGGUCCACCACCAGUGAGUUACCACCGCUGGGUCCGAAAACAAAAAAGCAUAGUUCCGGUUCUCUUAUCGAUACUGAGAAAGUGGGCACUAGAGAAACAGUUGUUAGGAUACCAAACACUCAAUUCGGUAACGAAAUAUAGUUUUAGUUAGUGAUUGAAUAUAGAUUGUCUGAACUAGUUAAAUAUUGCCCAUAAUAUGCAUUAACAUCUACUGAUAAAAUUAAAAAGUGACAUUUCAAUAAGCAAAUCUGUUGAUGGAUGUAAUACUUUAGAUGUCACAUCUCGUUUUGAGUUUAGCAAUAUUUAAAAUUUCGAUUUUAAACUUGCUAUUAAAGUGAGCGGACAAUGUUUAGUAGCCACCCCUAAUAUAAUAAAUGGUGAUAACGUCACCAACCUUUGUAUGACCCCAUGUCAUUUUUUUCUAAAUACCAGACACGUGUGCACAUAAGUGAACACUUUUUAUUAAAAAAAAUAUAUAUAUCGCACGAAUAUGUGAGAUAGUAUCAA